GGACGUAGAAAAGUUAAUACAGAAAUACCCGGGCCCCGACGGCUUUCAUUUCUCCCAAAGCCUAUUUCGGUCUCUUCGAGCUCCCUCAUUGCUUUCAGCCCAUAAAACCCUAGAUUCCCUUCCCCAAACCAAGCCUUAUAAUUCGCGGAGCUCCAACGUAGCCUAGAUACGCGGAUUUGCAUUCAUAAAGGGAAUGGGAAAACGAAGGUAGGAAAAAGAAAAUUUUGGUGCAGAGGAGCCAAUAAUCCAAGCUUAUCUCAGAACUCAGUGCAGUAUUUCAAUAGAUUAUUGCAAUGGCUGAUAGCAAUUCGUCACAUGAUUACCCCAGCGAAAACCCAAAGCCCGAUCCCGAUGCCAAUUCAUCUCUUGGGAACGAUAGUUCAAUUGAGGCCAUAGCCCGAAGAGUUCAGGAUUCGCUUUCUUUAGGGAAGAAGCAUAAGUUUUGGGAAACCCAACCUGUCGGGCAAUUUAAAGAUGUCGGGGAUACGAGCUUACCUGAAGGUCCAAUUGAACCUACGACACCCUUAUCCGAGGUCAAGCAAGAACCUUACAAUCUUCCCAGUCUCUAUGAAUGGACCACUUGCGACAUUGACGAUGAAGAUACUUGCACCGAGAUAUACAAUCUCCUCACUAAUAAUUACGUUGAAGAUGAUGAGAACAUGUUCAGAUUCAAUUACUCCAAGGAGUUUCUUCGCUGGGCACUUCGUCCUCCUGGCUACUUCAAGAGCUGGCACAUUGGUGUCCGUGUAAAAGUCUCAAAGAAACUUGUUGCCUUUAUUACGGGUGUUCCUGCAAAGAUCAGAGUCCGUGAUGAGGUUGUUAACAUGGCAGAGAUUAAUUUCCUAUGCGUUCAUAAGAAGCUCAGAUCAAAGAGGCUUGCACCUGUCAUGAUUAAGGAGAUUACCAGGAGGGUUCAUUUGGAGAAUAUUUGGCAGGCGGCUUAUACUGCUGGAGUUGUUCUUCCAACACCUAUAUCAACUUGCCAAUAUUGGCACAGAUCACUAAACCCAAAGAAGCUUAUCGAUGUUGGUUUCUCCAGACUUGGUGCAAGGAUGACAAUAAGCCGAACAAUAAAGCUCUAUAAAUUACCAGAAUCAACAGUCACUCCAGGUUUUAGGAAAAUGGAGCUGCGUGAUGUUCCAGCAGUUACCCGUCUAAUCAGAAAUUACUUGAGCCAGUUUGUUGUUGCACCGGAUUUUGAUGAAAAUGACGUGGAACAUUGGCUCCUUCCAACUGAGAAUGUUGUGGAUAGCUAUUUGGUUGAGAGCCCUGAGACUCAUGAAGUUACGGACUUUUGCAGCUUUUACACACUUCCAUCAUCCAUUCUUGGAAACCAGAACUACUCAACCUUGAAAGCUGCUUAUUCAUACUAUAAUGUAUCUACCCAGACACCAUUGCUUCAGUUGAUGAAUGAUGCACUUAUUGUGGCCAAACGGAAGGACUAUGAUGUCUUCAAUGCAUUAGAUAUCAUGCAAAAUGCGUCUUUCCUAAAGGAGUUGAAAUUUGGACCUGGUGAUGGCCAACUUCACUAUUAUCUGUAUAAUUAUCGGAUAAGGCAUACGUUGAAACCAUCAGAGCUUGGGCUUGUCCUCUUGUAGGUGAGUUCCGCUGAACUUUGAUUUUAUGGCAUCAAUACGGUGGAAAUAUUUCUGGCAGUGUUAAGUUGUUGUGGACUGUAUUCAAUAGCCCUGCUCUUGUUUCUCCACAACCUAGCAUGCGAUAUUACUGUGAAUGCGAGAGGACAGGUUUUAAUGACAUAUUGUAGCUUGAGAUGCUUCCGCAAGUAGCAAAUGUUGAGCCUGUGCAUGUCUGUUUGGAGCUGAAAUAAGGUUGGAGUAUGGAAAAUCUUUUCCAAUUUUGACUUUUCCCUGUUUAACAUUUAUAUUUUCUUCUUGCCUUUAACUGUUUUUGCAAUUCAUGUUUGCAUACAUCUAUAGCAGAUGUGGAAUUGUUUGCAUUGGGGCUUUCCUUUUCUUCUCUUUUCUUUUUUUUUUUUUUUGGUUAUUUAUGCUAACAAUUUGUUCUUGUUUAAGGUUCAGAGGAGCGUUUAGUAGCUUACUUUCCCAAUGUCUCAUGGUGGUUUAUUUCCAUUUAGUAUGUUGCGUUUGAUUCUAGUUAUAUCCUACCUCAUAAUCCCUGGUUAUUGCAACCAACUAAUGGGAUUUACUUAUUUUUAUCAAUAACUACAAUCAAGAGGAUUUUGUUAAUGUGUUAAGGAUGAAGAUACAAGAGAAGAUCUCAAAUUUUGAAUGGAUUUCAAAAGUGGGUACUGAGAGAGCAGGAGCUGACCUAUGAAAGCUUAAUGACAGGCCUGCUUCGAAUAGAGUAGCAAUAUCUUGGAAGCUUAUUAGCAGACUAGCAGUCUAGGUUGCUCAUCUUAGUUUGAGAGGAUUUAUUCAUCCUUGAUAAUAGUUGUAAUUUUGUUCCUUCAAUUGAACUAAAAAAAACGAUAAUACUUUGGAGAUUUGUAGCUUUUCAUGACAAACACCAUGGUGUUUACUAAGCUUAGUGUGAAUUUACCUUACUGUGAGAGCGGAUAAUGUCAUAGGUUCCUAGUUGUUUUUGAUAUAAUUUGAAGUAACUUGUCGAAAUCUACAUUUGGGUUCUGAACUCCA